AUGAAAAUUCGAUAUGACAAGUGCUCCAGUACAAAAGACCUAAACUACUUUUUUCAUUUAAAGUUAGGUUUUUUUGUUUCUUAUAAAAAUCACAAUGAUAAAUAUUCCUUUAAAAAUAAUAUCUUACAAAAAAAUGACACUAUAUUAUUUUUUAAGAAAAAAUUAAAAAUAAUGGAAUAUAUUAAAAAUAAUAAAUAUAAUUCAAAUGUAGAAGGUAAUCAACGAUUCAAUAAAAAACCAGAAAAAAAUAAAAACACAAAAGAAAAUGUAUAUACUGAUCAUACAAAUCAAAAUGCAAAAUCAAAAAUAUAUAAUUAUGAUAUGAAUGAUGAUUCUUAUUCUAGUUACGUAAACAAAAAUAAUUUUUUUAGAAUAUCAUCUUUUUUGAUAUUAAAUAAUGAAUUUUUUGGAUAUCCCCUUCAAUUUGUUUGUGAAACAGAAGGGAGAAGUAGGAACCAUGAACAUUAUCCGAACGUACAUGGGGAUAAUAUUAAGUAUGAUAAAUAUAAUGUUAAUAAGUAUAACAAAUAUAAUGUUAAUAAGUAUAACAAAUAUAAUGAUAAUAAGUAUAACAAAUAUAAUGAUAAUAAGUAUAACAAAUAUGAAGAUGAUAAGUAUGAAAAGAGUAGAAAAAAGAAAAAACUUAAUAAUUUAUAUAAAACCAUAUUAACAAAAAAAAAAAAAAAAAAAAUGAACUCUAAUUUAUGUAUAAUAAAUAAAAUAUACAAAUAUCCUAUAAAAUAUUAUCAACUAAAUUCCAAAGCGUUUGUAUUUUUUAUUAUUAAAAAUGUAGGUGUUCCUAAAAUAACAUAUUAUUCCUAUUGUAAAUUAUUUUCGAAAAAUGGUGUUUUAAAUCAAGGAAUUCAAAUAUGCAAACUUUAUCAUGUGAACAAAAAAAAAAAAAUUAAACAAAUUAUUUUUGAAGCCUUGAAAAAUAAAAUAACCUUUUCGUAUGAUAACAAUACAAGUAAUAUCAAGAAAAACAUAUAUAAAUUUCUAAAAAAAAAUUGUGCUUAUCAUGAUCUCAUAAAAUUGUUUUAUUUCAAAACCCACAAACAAAGAGAAAAAUGUAACAAAAAAUUAAAUAUAGAAAAAAUAUUUGGGGUGCACAAAUCCAGUCGUUAUAAUUAUAAGACAUAUAAAAAGAAAAAGAAAAUUGAUAUGUGUAAAAAUUAUUGUGAUGAUACACUUGAUACAUAUUAUAGGAAAUAUUACAAGGGUCAAUUAUCGGGCCAGCAUAAAUAUAUCAAGAGGACGGGGGAACAAAAAGAAGAGCAUCUUAUAAAAUAUACACAUCUGAAUUUUAAUACUGGGAAAGAUAAAACAUUUUAUAAAGAAUUAUAUAAAUGUAAGUAUAUUGAAAAAUAUAUAUCGUCUAUAAAUUAUUUUUUAUUGGAGAAAAGACGAAUGUUUAACAAAUAUAAGCAACAAGAGUGGUGUGUGAACAAAAAUGAGGAGGAUAAAAAGAAAAAGAAAAAGGAAAAUGAUGAUAAUAUAAACAAUAUAAAUAAUAUAAAUAGUAUAAAUAAUAUAAAUAGUAUAAAUAAUAUAAAUAGUAUAAAUAAUAUAAAUAGUAUAAAUAAUAUAAAUAGUAUAAAUAAUAACCAUUGUGAUAAUCAUUGUCAUAAUGUUUGUAUGUGUGGUACCUAUGGUAAUACGGAAAAAUGUAAUGUUCCUCACAGGACGAAUAAUACAAAUCUCCAAUAUAUAAAGAAAAGAAUUAUUAACAUGAACAUAUUAGACAAUAUAAGGAGUAAUAAAACUUACAAAUACAUUGAUAAAAAUAAAUUCAAAUGUUUUACAUAUUAUUCAUGUAAAAAUUAUAAUGUAUGUAAAAAUAUUAUAGAAAAAUAUAAACUUUAUAAAUUCUUAAAAAAAAAAAAAAUUGAAGGAUACAUGAUUUUGAAUUUCCUUAAUUUUAAUAAAGAAUUAAUAUAUUAUAAUGAACAUAAAAAAGAUAUGUCUACAUUACAUGAUAAUUUAUUUGAUGUAAUUUCCAAUAAUCAAAAUGAAAAUGUGAAAUAUAAUAAUAUUUGUAAUAAUAAUUAUGAUUGGUUUUUUAAUGCCUUUGAUUAUGUAGGUAAUCUAGAAGAAUCCGUAACAUGUUUCAAUAAUCACAAAAAAAAAGAAAAUAUAAAAAAUAAAAAAAAUAAAAAUAGAAAUAUAAAUAUAAAAAAAAAAAAAAAAAAUUUGUUUUAUAAUGAACAACAUAAUAUAAAAAAUAAUAAUAAUGAUUACAAUUUUGAUAAUUUCCCUUCUUCUUUAUAUAGUGACUUAACAAAUAAAAAAAUGAGAAACACUACACAGGUAAAUAAUAUAAAAGAUGAGAAUUACCUUCAGAUGCAUAUUAUUAAUAAAGAUGUUAGAAAAAAUAAGGAUGGUAACGUACUAUUAAAUUCUUAUUAUAAUUGUAAAUUUGGGAAAUCUAUAAAUACUUUUUGUAAGGAAAUAUAUAAAGAGGAACAUAAAAAUGUUUAUAUAUAUAAUAAAAAAAUUACAAAAAUGAAUAUAAAAAUGAAGAAGGAACAAAAAUAUAUAUGCAUGGAUUCGAAAAGGAAUACCAGAAGGGAUAACAGUAAAAAUAUAAAAAUAUAUAAUAGUAAAAAUAUAAAAAUAUAUAAUAGUAAAAAUAUAAAAAUAUAUAAUAGUAGAAAUAUAAGAUGUGAUAAGAGAAAGUAUUUCCAUUUAAAUAGAAAUAAAAAAAAAAAUGGUUGUGUAAAAAAAUACAAAUUAUAUCAUGAAAGGAACACCUUGGUAUAUAAGAACAAUAAAGGGAGUAGCAAUUUUUUUCUGAAGAAAGAAAUUGAAAAAAGUACAAAAAAGUUGAACGAUAUAUUUGAACAUAUAAGUAACUAUACAAAUCGUAUUAGUAAAAAUAUAAAUAUAACAAAUAAAAAUAGAUAUGAUGAUUAUCCUUUUGAUUUUUUGUCAAAAGAUAAAAUGGAAUAUAUCUCUAUGUUAUCACCAACUAUAAACGAGAUUAAAACAUUAAAUACUAUUCUUACUAUUCCACUUAUUAAAAUGAAUGAGUAUGAAAAAAAUUGUAUAUGGAGAUUCAGAUUACAAUUAUUAAAUAGAAAAGAAACUUUAGGAAAGUUCUUAAAAUCCAUUAAUUGGAAUAAUAAAGAAGAAGAAGAAGAAGCUAUAAUUUUAUUAAAUAAAUGGGCAAAACCAGGUAUAGAAAAUUGUAUAGAAUUAUUUUAUUCACAUCUACACAAUUCUAUUAUUAAAAAAUAUAUUAUAGAUAUUAUAAAGAAUAGUAAAAAAGAAGAAAUUAAAUUAUAUCUAUUUCAAUUGGUCCAAAGUUUAAGAACAUUUAAUUAUCAACAUAUAGAUAAUCUAUUUAUUAAUACAUUAAUAAAAAAAUGUAUUAAAUCAAAAAAACUAUCCAUAUAUUUUUAUUGGUUUUUAUUAAGUGAAUCGAAAGAUAAAAUAAAAGGUAAAUUGUAUUUACAUAUACAUAAAUUAUUUAUUAAUAAAUUAAUGACUUCUAAUAUUGGAAAAAAUAAAAUUAUCCUAGAUAUUUUAAAAAAUCAAAACCGUUUCCGUAAUCAAUUAUUAUAUCUAACAAAAAUUGCCAAGAAUAAAACAGACAGAAUACAAAAUAAAACGAGGAAAUUACGAAACUUUCUAUUUUAUUAUAGAACCAAUUAUGGAUAUAUAAAUAUUAAAGACUUUAUAAAGAAUAAUAUUUUUAUAUCUCAUAAUAAUGUCUAUGAUUUUUUGGAUUUAUGUAAAAUGAAAAGGCAAAAUUCGAUGGAUACUCCUAUGAAGGGUGAUAAAAUUGGUCAAGCUGGCUACCUUGGAAAGGUCCCUGGUAUGGUUAAAUCCACACACCAUAAUAAUAAAUAUGGUGAUAAUAAAAAUAAUCACAGUGAUGAUAAUAAAAAUAUUUAUAGUGAUGAUAAUAAAAAUAAUCAUAGUGAUGGUAAUAAAAAUAAUUAUAGUGAUGAUAAUAAAAAUAAUCAUAGUGAUGAUAAUAAAAAUAAUCAUAGUGAUGAUAAUAAAAAUAAUCAUAGUGAUGAUAAUAAAAAUAAUCAUAGUGAUGGUAACAAAAACAUUUAUUGUGAUGAUAAUAAAAAUAAUCAUAGUGAUGGUAACAAAAAUAAUCAUAGUGAUGGUAACAAAAACAUUUAUUGUGAUGAUAAUAACUACCUAAAAAAUAUAUCAUAUGAACACUUUAAUGAAGAUCGAUACGAUAAUAAAAAGAGUACAGAUAUAUAUACAUGUAAUAAAGAUAUAUGUAAUUCUAUUUAUUAUUUAGAUAACGAACUUACAAUAAAUUAUGAUAUAAAAGAUGAUUUAUAUUUUUUUCAAUAUAAAAGAAGUUCAAAUCAGAAAUUAUUAAAUUUAGAUUUAAGUAAUGAUUCUAAUGAUAUGAUUCAUUAUAUUGAUGAUUCUAAAAAUGUUAAAAUAGAACGUAAUAGAGAUAAUUCUUUCUUUUCUAAUUUUUUACAAUUCAAUAAUAAUUUAGAUUUUUUUUUAAAUGCUACUUAUAGUGAUGAAGAUAAUAAUUAUGAAAUUCUAGAUGACUCUAUAAAUUUUGUUCAGAAACAAAAAAUUAAAAAAAUUAAAACACCUUUAAUUUUACCUAUAGAUCCUAAUAUUGAAUUAUUAUCGUUCUUACCUGAACAAUCAUAUGUAUUACGUUCUUCUUUAUAUCCUAUAGUUAUUGCUUGUUUAGUUAGGAAAAAAAUUAAAUUAUAUAAUGAAAAUUAUAAUAAUUUAAUAAUUAAUAAUCAUACCUUUUAUAAAAAUGAUCAAAUUAAAAAUCAUAUCAUAAACAAUUUGUCAUAUGAUAAGUCAUAUCAUUCAUAUUACAACUCGCAAUUUGUUAAAACUUUACAAAAUUCUUUUGAAAGUACAAGAAGUCUUAAUUAUCAUUAUAAUUUCUUGAAAUGUUCAAAUAAUAAUAUUUUUUAUAAAAACAAAAAAAUUGAAAGAAUUAAAGCAAACACUUCAAUUCAAAAAUCGUUUCAGUCCAAUGAAAAUAGAUUAAAUAUAAAGCACCCUGCGUAUUAUAGUAAUAACCACUGUGUUCAUAAUAUUAAAAAAAUGAACAAGGAUAAAAAGGAUAAUUACAUCUUUAGUGAAAAGGUCCUUCCGUGUGUUAGUAAUUCGUGUUUGAGCGAUAAAAUGAGGUCAUCAUAUGAUAAAAUGAUGUCGUCGCAUGAUAAUAUGAUGUCGUCGCAUGAUAAUAUGAUGUCGUCGCAUGAUAUUAUGAUGUCGUCGCAUGACAAACCUGUGACACCAUCUGGUGUUUCCUCGUUAGGAGACAGAACGUGUAAAGAUGAAAAAAAGAAUAGAAAAAAAUAUAACGAAAUCUACCAACUGUCGAUAAAAAAGUAUAUCUAUAAAGCAGGUGAUGAUUUAAGACAAGAUCAUUUAGUUAUACAAAUAAUUUAUGUUAUGGAUAAUAUAUGGAAAAGAUAUGGUUUGGAUUUAAAAAUGACACUAUAUAGAGUAUUAGCGUUAUCUACAGAUGAUGGUUUUAUUGAAUUUGUGGAUUAUGCUGAAUCUAUAUCUUCAAUUAAAAAAAAUUAUAAAGGAGAAAUAAGACAAUAUUUUAUAGAUAAUAGUACAUGCUCAAGUUCCCCUUUAGGAUUUGAUACAGAAAUAUUACAAAACUUUAUAUCUAGUUGUGCAGGAUAUAGUGUUAUUACCUAUAUAUUAGGUAUAGGAGAUAGACAUCUAGAUAAUUUAAUGGUAACAAAAGAUGGACGCUUUUUUCAUAUCGACUUUGGUUAUAUAUUUGGAGAGGAUCCAAAACCAUUUUCUCCACCUAUGAAAUUAUGUAAAGAAAUGAUUGAAGCUAUGGGAGGAGCUCAUAGUAUAGGUUAUGAACAAUUCUUAAAAAAAUGUUGUCUAGCAUAUAAAUAUUUAAGAUACCAUUCUCAAUUAAUUAUUAGUUUGUUAGAUGCAAUGUGUGAUGCAGGAUUAAAGGAUAUGAAAAUGAGUCCAGAGUUGUGUGUCUUAAAGGUCCAAGAAAAAUUUAGACUUGAUUUAAAUGACGAAGCAGCAGAAAUAUAUUUUCUUAGUGUUAUCAAUGCGUCCGUUAAAACGUUAUUUCCUGUUGUUGUGGAUAAAUUGCAUGAGUGGGCCUUAAAUUGGAAAUGA